GACAUAGUUUUCUUCUUUUUAAUUUAUGUGUAUCUAUAUAAAAUGAGUAUUUAUUAUUCAAUAUCAAUUCGCUCAUACCUAAACUUCUCGUUACUCUCUUUACUCUUAUCUCUUUAUUAUUAUUCAAGACAUAGAUUUGAAUACUAUUUGUUGUCCCACCUCCUAAUUAAGCUUUUGAAGAUUCUACAAUGGUCAGAUAUACAUUACUCAACCCUGUACUCAAGUCUGACAAUAAACGUAAAAGUUUCUUCCCAUCUUUUCGAAAACAAUCAACAGAAGAAGAUAUAUUGGUGCCAGAACAGGGGUCACAGCGAAGAUGGAGAUUGCCAAAACUGGGACGAAAUGUGUCGAAGGAGCCCGAAGAAACUUUUACGUUUGAGUUCUCUGAUAAAUUGGUGCCAGAACACAAAAAAAAGAUCAAAUGUCGUACAUGUGAUAAUGAUAUUUCCGAAGAAGGUGGUUCUUUAUCUGGAUGCAAAUUCUGCAAUAACUUGCGCCAAAACCUACAACGCCGUUCAAUCAAGCGCCCCUUUCAUUCUUUCCACCCACUCAAACUUUGCACCGAUAAUUCUCAGACCUUUAUAUGCAACUCUUGCCAUAAAAUGCAUGAAAAUGUUGAUAUGUAUUUUACAUGCAAUCAAUGUGAUUUCUUCAUGGACGUGAAUUGCAUGCGCAUGCCCCAACAAACUGAGUAUGAUGAUUUUGAAAGUGGAAAGCUCAUUCAACAUCCAACACAUCAACAUCGAAUGCCACUUAUAAAAGACGGAUCAAUUGAUGAUGAUGUCAGUUGCUUUGUAUGCCGUUUGAAAUGCUCAGGUGAAGUUUGUUAUGGAUGCAAACGUUGUGAUUAUUUUUUGCAUGAGUCGUGUGCACAAUUACCACCUCAAAUUUAUGGUUCUUCUUUUCAUAAUGAACACCCUUUAUGCUUUCACACUUCUAAUCGUGCAUUUCGUUCUUGCAAGUCAUGCAAAAAAGAUAAUCUUAUCUUCACUUAUGAAUGUGGUAAAUGUGAUUCUAUUUUAUGUGUGAAUUGUGCCUCUACAAUUCCACAUGGUGUGAAGUUCGAUUAUCAUGAGCAUCCUCUUUACCUUCACCAAAGAACAGAUGAGGAUCAUAAUCUAAUAUUGGAGUGUGAUUGGUAUGAUUCCUAUUGCAAAAGGCCUACACUCAUUAAUUCUGAGGAAUUCAAUUGUACAAAAUCGUACAUAUUUUGGUGUGCAAAAUGCGAUUUCAAAGUUCACAUGCUAUGUGGUUUGUUACCUAAAUCUAUUACUUGUGAAUAUCACAUGCAUCCUCUUGUUCUCGUUGAUUUGGCUAUUGAAAAUGAGUUUGGAGAAUACGGUUGUGAUAUUUGCGAACGUGAAAGAGAUCCACGAUUUUGUGUAUAUUUUUGUGAAGAUUGCAAGUUCGUUGCUCAUGUGCACUGUCUAACUUCUCAGAUUAUGAAUGUGUUAGAAGGAGAUCUGGAAAAUGUGGAACUUCAUACUGUUGGGGAGAUGAAAUUGUCCAAUGAGUUAAACAAACUUUGGGUUGCAGAAAAAGAGAAAGGUCGUUCAGUAUCGACCUUAAUGGAUUUACUAUACCAAGUAUCAGAAGAUGAGAAAGAAUGGCUGGCAGAUCAUUUUCACUGGGAUGAUAAUAAGAACAAAACCUUAUUAGCUACUAAUGAACGUACCACCGACAUUGAAGAGGUUCUUCGAUUUUCUAAUUUUACUGGGAGCCAACAAUUUAUGUCCGUACUUUUUGAUGAGUUUCGUUCCAGUUUUCAGAAAACAAAGUUCGAAAUGAAAUCCACAGAUUUAUCAUUGAGAGUUGUUCAUUUUAAAGGUUAUUUAAUACCUCUGAAUUUGGGCACUGUUUUGAAUAGUAUACUUGACAAGUAUGGUGAUAUUGGCGGAAAGUCUUCGAAAUUCUCCCCAGCUAUGAAGAGCAUAGGCAUUUUCUUCACAUGUAAAAUGCUUAAACAAAUGAAUUCGACUUUGGUUGCUGACAUCAAUAAACAUCUUCUUCGAGAUUGGUAUUUCUACAUAGUAUUUGCCAAAGAGAUUAUGGAGUUUGAAGUGGAAUUUUUGGAAGUGUCUCUAAAGAAGAUCACACAAGUUUUCUUUUGUCAAGAAGUUAGUAAGUUACUUGGUAUGGACAUUUCGUCAUUUAUACAAAGUAAGAUGGCUGAGCUUGAAAAUGAAAAGGCAGAGUGCAAAGUGGUACUUAAGAAGUUCAAUGAGUUUCAAGAGUCUUCUUCAAGUAAUGAAUACUUGAAGGAACGCUUGAAUGAGGGGUUGAAACUGAAGUGGAGGACUGCUGGGGAAGUUAACUUUAAAUUUCAUAACUAA